AUGGAUGAUGAUAAUGUAGAGUUAGGAAGUCCUUCACAAAAGAAAAGAAAAAGAAAUAAUGAGGUGAAGUUCAAGAUGAAACCAUUGAAAGCUGAAAAUGAGGUCGGUUCUAAUAUGAAGAGCACUAUUAGAUAUACAUUUGUCGCGCUUGGUGCUAUUGGAAAGGGACGGGGACGAGGUCUUAAAUCUUUGGGUGAGAAAGGGAAUACGCCAUCUAAGAGUUUCUUGCCUCAAUCAAGUGAUCUAGUUAACAAGUACAUCAAAGAAAUUGAAACAAGUUCUAUAGAGAAGGACAUAGGACAAGGACUUAAAAAGAACUCCAUGGUUCAUGAGAAAGAGAACAUGCAAAUUAAUACUUCAUUUCCUACAUCUGCUAUUCAAGUUGAGAAAUGCACCCAAGAAGUUGAAACAAUGCGUCCAGCAGCUAUAAGAAAGGGAUUAGAAAAAAGAUCUGGAUCUUUGAGCUCAUCUUUAGGAUUUUCUGAAACUGAGGUGGAAUAUUUGAACAAGAGUGAUGUUUGUGCUAAUCAACAUAUGCAAACUCCUUCUAAAAGCACAAAAUCGAGUUCUACCUUCUCCUCUAGUCAAGAAAUGCAAAAACUGAAAAGAAUUGUUCUUGAAAAAGAGGAUAUGCAAACCAAUGUUUCAUUGCCUCCAUCUAGUGAUCAAGUUAUGAAACACUCUCAAACAACUGAAAAAGGUUCAUCUAAUCCUACAAAGGUAAAAAAAGUUCGAGGAAGCAACAAGUGCAAAGAAGUUGCUUCACUUGAAAUUGGACAAAAGCUGAAAGUAACCUUUUACAAUAAUCGAACGGUUGGAACAAAUAGCAAUCUAUUUUCGAGGCAUUUGGGAAAAAUUAUCCGUGAUCGUAAUAUUUGUCCCUUGGGAGUAUCAUCGUGGCAUGAUAUUAAGCAAGAAAAGUUGAAUCAUAUGUGGGCAGCCGUUGAGCAUAAAUUUGAGAGUGUUGAUAUGAAUGAUCAUCGUGAUCAUAUCUUGGGAUGGAUGAAUGAGUUAUGGAACAAAUGGAGAGGACACUUGCAUGCAAAAUAUGUGAAGGACAAGCCAAUCCAACAGUCUCUUAGGAAUGUCCCAACGGGAGUAGACAAAAAAGAAUGGGAAUGGUUAGUAAAGGAGCAUUUUGCUUCUGAAAGUUUUCAGGCAAGAAGCAGCAAGAAUGCAACAAAUCGAGCUAAGUUGAAGAUGCUUCAUCAUAUUGGUAGCAAGCCUAUUAGAGAGAUUAUCUAUCAAAAGGGAGGGAAAGAUGGCAAUCCACCAGAUUUGGCGACUAUUUUCUUUGAGACUCGCUCAACUCGAAGAAAUGGUUCAAGCAGAUCCAUCUGUACCUAUUAUAGAGAUUGUUGAAAAAUGUUGUGGACCUCAAAGUCGUAGCCAUGUAUUUGGAUUAGGGGGUGGAGUAAAGGCAAAAGACUUGAAAGGUGGAACUUCUUCAAAGGCUGAAUUAUUGUCUGCGCUACGUUCAACUCGAGAGGAUAUCAAAU